AUGCUUGCUGUUUUCAGCGCGCAGACGCUCUGCGCGGGGCUCUACAACGAGCACGGCAUCAAGUCAGCAGGCUACGGCGUCCUGGCCAUGUUGUUCUUAUUCUAUAUCUUCUUCAACUUUGCCUUCAAUGCUCUGCUGUACUCGUACCCGGUCGAGGUUCUGCCUCGUCCUAUCAGGGCUAAGGGCUUUUCGGUCCUCAUGUUCUCUAACAGAGGGUCAAGUUUCGUCAACGGAUUCGUCAAUCCUAUUGGGCUGCAGGCCCUGGGAUGGAAGUAUUACAUCGUGUACGUUGUGUGGCUGGUCGUGGAGCUGGCAUGCGUGUACCCUUUCUUCCCCGAGACGUCUGGGUGCAGUCUCGAGGCCAUUGCUGAGGUAUUCGAUGGGCCCCUUCUCGUCGAUGCGGAGAAGACGCGGUACGACAACGGCCUGCAGGAUAUCAAGAAGGACUAG